AUGUAUACAGCCUUGUUGUGUUUCGUUGUUCUUGUUGUAGUCUUGGUUGUCGGGGGGUUCACGGGGAAGCUGCCCGGGACCAGAGCGAAGAGUCUUCCACCAGGCCCUCCAUGUCUCCCUCUUAUUGGGAACCUUCAUCAAAUACCCCCGGCGGGAGUCCAUCUCAAAUUCACAGAAUGGGCGACCAAAUACGGCGGCAUCUUUUCUCUCAAACUCGGCCCCAGCACUGCCAUAGUACUUAGUACACCAACAGCAGUCAAGCAGCUUGUCGACAAACAAUCCGCCUACUUCAGCAACCGCCCUCCUUUCUACAUCGCAGACGAACUCAUGAUGCACGGCGACCAUCUCAUGUUCAUGAAUGUCGACCAGCGAUGGCGGCGUGGACGUCGUUUGUAUCAUCAGUACUUCAACGAGGGCAUUAGUGAGAGCCAGCAUGUUGUGGUGCAGCAGGCUGAGGCGGCGCAGUUGUUGAGAGAUAUGUGUUUACAGCCGGGGAAUUUUAUGUUGCAUUGUAAGCGGUAUACUAAUAGUGUGGUUAUGAGUUUGAUUCUUGGAAUCCGCACGGCGUCGCCAUCAGCUAAGCAUAUGAAGGAUCUGUAUGCCGUUCUUGACGGCAUGUCUGAAAUAUUUGAGAUGGGCGCUACUCCCCCGGUUGAUAUCUUUCCAGUCUUCAAAUAUAUCCCUGAGUCGCUUUUCAAUAACUGGCAGAGCCGCUCGCGCCGCGUCGAGGACAUUAUGCUCAAUCUCUAUAACCCCCUGGUUGACCGAGUGUUGCAACGACGCGAGGAAUCCGGCUCCCGGAAUACUUAUCUCGAUGGAAUUCUGGAUCAGCAAGAGAAACUACAGCUUACCCGUCACGAGAUUGAUCUUAUGGUUGGUAAUCUGCUUGAGGGCGGGUCGGAUACUUCGUCGAUCAUGACCAUUGCAUUUAUCCAGGCCAUGGCUUGUUAUCCGGAGGUGCAGCAACAGGCACAACAGGAGAUUGAUACAGUCUUGGGUGAAGGCGCAUCCCCAAAUUGGCAGGAUUACGCUCGUCUGCCGUAUGUAGCCAUGGCAGUCAAGGAGGCGAUGCGAUGGCGGCCGGUAAUGCCAACAGGGUUUCCCCAUGCAAGCAACAAAGAAACGACUAUCGAUGGCAUGACCAUACCUGCAAAUAGCACCGUUAUCAUCAACACAUGGGGCCUGCACCAUGAUCCUACAAGACACCCCAACCCCGACGUCUUCGACCCUCUCCGGUUCCAAGGCCGCACAGAACCCGCUCCUGUAUACGCUUCAGCUGCUAACGCAGAGAACCGCGACCACUUUGGCUACGGGUCUGGUCGACGCAUUUGCCCGGGAAUCCAUCUUGCGGAACGGAUGUUAUUCGUGGCAAUUGCCAAGAUUCUGUGGGCGUUUGAUAUUCGCGCCAAGAAGGAACAACCGAUCAAUACGGAUCCGCAUACUGGGUAUACGGAUGGGUUUUUGAGAUGUGCAAAGCCUUUUGCUGUCAAUAUUACUCCGCGGUCUGAAGCACGAAAGAGCACGAUUGAGCGAGAGUUUGCUCAGGCGGACGAAGUAUUUGGCCGGUAUGAGGUGUAG